AAGGUAAGUAAGACGGUUUAGAGGCACAAACACUGAGCAAAGAUGUGGCUUAUUUGCUGCAGUGCCCUGCUAUGGAGUUUACGAAUGGGAACCAUGCCCAGACCAAAGCUGCUGCUGCUGCUGGUACUUUGUGUUCUUGGAACCGAUGCUGUGGAUAGAAGCAACUUCAAGACAUGUGACCAAAGUAGUUUUUGCAAGCGGCACAGAAAUCUUCAGCCAGGCAUGUCCCCGUACCGCGCCCUGAUGGACACUGUCCAGAUGACCCCCGAGGGACUGAGCAUGAAGGUGCUGAACACUAGGAACAAGGUGGAACUGCAGCUCCUCCUGGCAGCUGUCAAUGUCAACACAGCCAGGCUCACUAUCGACGAGGUCAACCCCAUCAGGGAGCGGUUCAGGCCAACAGAUGCCCUCAGCAAGGAGCCAACCAUAGCAGAGGCCAGUAUACUAGCCCAGGAUGACAACAGCGUCACCCUGGGGUUUCUGCAGAACAAAGCUGUUGUGACCUCUGACCCCUUCAGGAUUGACUUCCUGGUAGAUGACGAACUUGCCAUCAGUGUCAACUCUCGUGGACUGAUGAAGUUUGAACAGUACAGGAAGCGCAAAAACAAUGAUGAGCCAGCAGAGGGACAAGAAAAUGAAGAAAACCAAGAUGGUGAAAAGCAGGAAGGAGAAGGUGAAGAAGAGAAGCCUGUAGAGGAGGAGGAUGAACCAGGGAUGUGGGAGGAGACAUUCAAGUCUCAUCAUGACUCAAAACCUCAUGGUCCCAGCUCUGUUGGCCUUGACUUCUCCUUCCCUGGUGUGGAGCAUGUGUACGGCAUCCCAGAACACGCUGACAGCUUCGCUCUCAAGACCACCACGUCUGGAGAGCCCUACCGUCUGUACAACCUGGACGUGUUCGAGUAUGAGCUCCACAACCCCAUGGCUCUGUACGGCUCCAUACCCGUCAUGAUUGCACACAAUGCUCAAAGGACUGUAGGGCUGUUCUGGAUGAAUGCUGCUGAGACAUGGAUUGACAUCAGUUCAAACACAGCUGGGAAGACUGUGUUUGGGAAGAUGUUGGAUUAUGUGAAGGGCGGGAGCGAGAUGCCACAGACCGACACCCACUGGAUAUCGGAGAGUGGAGUGAUUGACGUGUUCUUCAUGCUGGGGCCGAGGCCAGCAGAAGUCUUCUCACAGUACACAGACCUGACUGGGAAACCCGCCAUGCCUCCGCUGUUUGCCAUUGCCUACCACCAGAGUAGGUGGAACUACAAUGAUGAGGAGGAUGUCAAGAAUGUUGAUGCAGGUUUUGAUGACAAUGACAUUCCUUAUGAUGUCCUCUGGCUGGACAUUGAGCACACUGAUGGCAAAAGGUACAUGACCUGGGACAAACACAAGUUCCCCCACCCCAUUGACAUGCAGGACAGGGUUGCAGCAAAGGGCAGGAAGAUGGUAGUGAUUGUGGACCCGCACAUCAAGAGAGAUGACAACUACCACAUCCACAAGGAUGCAAAGGACCAUGGGUAUUAUGUCAAGAGCAAAGAUGGAGGAGACUUUGAGGGGUGGUGUUGGCCAGGCUCCUCCAGCUACCUGGACUUCAUCAACCCUACUGUCCGCAGCUGGUGGGCCAGCAGGUUUGAACUGGGAACAUUUGAGGGCUCUACAAAGAACUUGUUCAUCUGGAAUGACAUGAAUGAGCCUUCAGUGUUCAAUGGUCCUGAGGUCACCAUGCACAAGGAUGCUGUGCACUAUGGCGGCUGGGAACACAGGGAUGUCCACAAUAUCUUCGGCAUGUACCUGCCAAAGUCAACCUACCUUGGCUUGAUGCAACGGUCAAAUAACAAGGAGAGGCCUUUCGUCCUGUCAAGAGCCUUCUUUGCUGGAUACCAUAGAUAUGGUGCUGUGUGGACAGGUGACAACACAGCUGAGUGGGGCCACCUGCAGAUCAGUAUCCCCAUGCUGCUGUCUCUCAGUGUCACAGGACAGUCAUUUGUGGGAGCUGAUGUGGGAGGGUUCUUCAAGAAUCCAGACCCAGAGCUUCUGUUGAGAUGGUAUCAGGCUGCUGCGUACCAACCUUUCUUCCGUGCCCACGCCCAUCUGGACACCCGUCGCCGCGAACCCUGGCUGUUUGACAAGGAGACCAUGAACGGGAUCCGGGAGGCCAUCCGUGCUCGCUACGCGCUGCUGCCGUACUGGUACACUCUGUUCUACCAGGCAGCCACCCACGGCAUGCCCAUCAUGAGACCCCUGUGGGUGGAGUUUCCUGAGGAUACCAGCACUUUUGCAACAGAGGAUGAGUACAUGAUAGGUAAUGCUCUACUGGCUCACCCUGUGACUGAUGCUGGGGCUAGUGGUGUACAGGUCCAUCUCCCAGGGGAGGGACAGGUGUGGUAUGAUGUCGAUACCUAUAAGAAAUACAACGGUGGGUCAACUGAGUACAUUCCAGUCACCCUGACAAAGAUUCCAGUGUUCCAGAGAGGUGGCACUAUUGUCCCCAGGAAGGAACGCAUCCGGCGGGCCUCCUCUCUCACCAACCGAGAUCCCUACACCUUUACUAUAGCACUGGACAAGCAGGGAACUGCGACUGGUGAGCUAUUUGUAGAUGAUGGUCACAGCUUCAAGUACCGAGACAACAACAGGUUCCUGCACAAGAACUACCUUUUUGAAAACAACAAACUUAUAUCAAGGACUAUGGACAUGAAUGGGGAGUUUGACACCAAGUCCUGGGUAGAAAGGAUCAUCAUUAUAGGCCUGCCAAAGGCUCCAACUACAGUCACUAUAGAUGGCAUCAGAGAUAUCAUGAUAGACAAGAAGAACCUGGAGUUCCGCUACACUCCUGACACGCAGACUCUGGUUAUCAGGAAACCAGCCGUCAACGUGGCACAGAACUGGAGCAUCACCCUGCAAUAACCUGCCAUGCUGCUACAUGGGGGGACAGGGGAGGGGGGCAUUGACCUUAUAUGUGUGGCAAUAGACGAUGACAAGUCCAUAGAGAGAGCCCAGUUCUUGUCUUGUCCUUGUGUACUGAAAAGAUGGACUUCUCCACAUGACAUGUUAUGUAAGCAAGGGGGUUAUAUGGUGGUUAGAUUAUUAUGUACACUUGCUGCCUGCAAGAGAUUGGUUGAAUCAGAUGUACCCAAAUCUUGAUUCUAUUAAGAAAAAUCUUAAACAGCAAAAGAUUAUGCCUUGUCAUCUAAAUUUCCAUAUUCAAGGCUACUCCUAACAUGUCUAUGGUAAAUAGAUAAUGAGUAUACAUAGCAAACUUGGAUGUAUUGACAGUCUCAGGUGUUUGGUCCUUUGUUACUGUAACUCAAGUGAUGUAGUGUUGUUCAUUCCAGAUGAAGCCUGUGCCAAGUUACAUAUAUCUGCAUUCAAAUUUGAGUAUAUAGCUGAAAAGGUCUUUUUCUUGGAUUGCAAACCUAAUUGUUUAGUCAGGUUAUUUUGGCCACAUGAUGAUGAAGGACCAUCACAUCAGCUUUUAGACUGCCAUUGUGUACUUUCUAAGGAAAUGCUACCUUCCCUGGCUUAUUGGACAGUCUGUAUGAAGGGAUUUCUAUAGACAUAGCAAAAACAGGAAAAAAAUAGUUACAACUGCUUGGCACAUCCUUCACAAUUUACUUUAUUAUUGUAAUCAAGGAAUAUCAUAAAGAUAUAAUGUUAGCUUAUCAAUGGGUAUACAGAGUUGUAUAUGAUUAUUAAUGGUGAAUAGUUUUUGAAGUAGGUAGGGAAAAGAAAACACCUGUGUAUGUAUUUUUCAAACUUUGUUUAUUACUAUUGGGAUUUGCCUUUCUCUGCAUUCACAACAGUCAUUACUGCAUGCCAUUUUUAUAAGGGUGGGAUACUGUACAGUGCAAGGAUGGGUCCUCUUUAAAAGGUAAGUUUUUCAAUAUAGAUAUGAAAACACAAGACACUGAAUAGAUAGCACAACAGUAUAAUGCAUGUAUUGUGUUAUGGUAUAUUAGUCUAAAUGUAGAAUUUCUCUAUCAAUUUGUGUCUUCUGUGCAGCAAGUGACAAUGUUUGCUAGUCAAAAUGCAUUUUUUACAUGCACAGAACAUGCAUGAUGUCUCCAUUGGCCAGUUAAGUGACAUAAAGAGUACUUGAAAUGAUCACCUGAAUUUGUUAGAUAAUUGUCAACCUUUUGCCAAUCAACUUGUUAAUGAUGUACUGCUGACUUGAUUGGACAGGGUGAUAGUAAGCUUUUCCUCUUCUACAACAUUAUGUUACAUUGCAUUUUGUUAUAACGGUUACAUGUGUAUAAACAACAGUCAAACACUACUUGAGCACUGUGUUUAUUCAUGUACUUAAUCUUGGUAUAAAUUGUGUUUUUUUGUGCAAGCAAGAAAGGUUGUACAGGCAGUCAUAUCAUUUUGCCCUUCUCUACUUUGACCUUUGUUAUCAGCAAUGAUGUGUUACUUCUUGCUUGCAUGUAAAAGGCAAAUAAAUUUAUCUCUGUUGUCCAUAGUUGGAA